CUAAAUUUACUUGCAACAGUGACAACCGGCUUGUCCUCGAUUGCAUCAGAUUCAUUCAAACAGCUCAUUUUCACACAGUAUGACGUCUACGGUCCAUACCAAGCGCUCUCAACCGGCAUGGAGUCCCCCAGAAAACAAAGAAGUAGCCGAAUUGUAUCUUUUCAACAGUUUAACUCGUCAAAAGGAGAAAUUUGUACCUCAGAACGGUAAGCGUGUUUUGUGGUAUAGUUGCGGUCCGACUGUUUACGAUGCUUCCCAUAUGGGACAUGCCAGGUCUUACAUCUCGUUUGAUAUUUUGAGACGUGUCAUGACCAAUUAUUUCAAAUACGAUGUGUUUUACUGUAUGAAUGUAACCGAUGUUGAUGAUAAAAUCAUCAAACGAGCUAGACAGAAUUAUCUUCUGCAGCAAUACAGAACCGAGAAUAGCGGUAAUGCUUCGGUGGUGGUUUCGGAUAUUAAAGCAGCAUUAGAUACUUAUACGAUUAAGGCUGAAGGAGAGAAGGACUCAGAUAAGAAGACGAUGAUGUUGAAGAUUAUUAAAGAAGUGACCACCUCUCUCCAGUCAAACGAAUCUGCCACCGAUCAAGGGAAGAGUGACCGUCUUAUCAGUGCGGCAAGAGAUGUCCUGGCGGAUGCUUUAGACAAACGUAAAGGAUCUGAAGUAAGGGAAAACUCUAUCUUUUCAGAGUUACCAAAUCACUGGGAAGAAGAAUUUCACAAUGACAUGGAAGCUCUAAAUGUUCUACCAGCUGACUGCUUGACACGGGUUAGUGACUACGUCCCUGAAAUAGUAGAGUUUAUUAAAAAAGUCAUUGAUCGUAAUUACGCAUACGAGUCCGGUGGUUCUGUCUAUUUUGAUACCAUGAGAUUUAGUAAAGCUCCUGAUCACUUUUAUGCUAAAUUAGUUCCAGAAGCUUUUGGUGACAGAGACGCACUACAAGAAGGUGAAGGAGACUUAAGUGUUUCAGAAGAGAGGUUGUCUGAGAAGAAAAGCCCCAAUGAUUUUGCGUUAUGGAAAGCUUCAAAACCUGGCGAACCCGUAUGGGAUUCUCCGUGGGGCAAAGGUAGGCCUGGAUGGCAUAUUGAAUGUUCAGUUAUGGCCAGUGAAAUUCUUGGAGAGUCACUAGACAUUCAUACUGGUGGCGUGGAUUUAAAGUUUCCUCAUCAUGACAAUGAGUUAGCUCAAGCAGAAGCUUGUUUUAAUAAUGACCACUGGGUGCACUACUUUCUCCAUUCUGGUCAUCUAACAAUCCAAGGCUGUAAAAUGUCCAAAUCCCUCAAGAAUUUUAUCACAAUCAAGGAAGCACUAAAAAAACACACAGCGUGCCAACUUCGUUUUGCUUUCUUGCUGCAUUCCUGGAAAGAUACCCUUGACUAUAGUGACAACACAAUGGAAGCAGCCAUCACCUACGAAAAACACCUUAAUGAGUUCUUCUUGACUGUCAAAGACAUCUUGCGCAAACUACCAAGUCAUGGUUGUUCUUCUUUUACUAAAUGGACUGAACUAGAGGUAUCUCUCAAUGAAAAAUAUCUGGACAGCCGAAAUCAGGUCCAUGUGGCAUUAUGUGAUUCCAUUGAUACACACACAGCCUUAGAUGUUAUUAGAGACUUGGUCACUGUAACAAACCAGUACAUUUCCAAGACUAGGGCAACUAUGAUCUGUAAUCGAAUACUUUUAAUAAACAUCGCUGAAUACAUUACAUCAAUAUUGAAAGUGUUUGGUGCUAUUAAAGAAGAAACAGCUAUCGGUUUCCUACAGACUGGUACAGGGGCAACUUCAUCUGAAAACACUGUGAUGCCUUAUUUAUCUGCAUUGUCAGAUUUCCGGGAAGAUAUAAGACAGUUAGCCAGAGAAAAGAAAGAUCCUCAAGAAAUCUUGACCAAAUGUGAUGAACUUCGGGAUACAGUUCUGCCCAACUUGGGAGUCCGUCUGGAAGACCAUGAAGGGCAAGUUCCUGUUAUUAAACUGGUUGAUAAAGAAAUACUUCUGAAGGAGAUGCAAGAGAAACUGGCAGCUGAAGAGAAGAAAAGACUGCAGAAAGAAAAGGCAAAGAAGGAUAAAGAAGCUGCUGAAGCUGUUCGAGAUGCUCAGAAGAGAAUCCCUCCCUCACAGUUAUUUGUCAAUGAGACAGACAAGUAUUCCAAAUUUAAUGAGAAUGGCUUACCAACCCAUGAUGUUGAGGGUAAAGAACUUACCAAAUCAGCCAUGAAAAAACUUCAAAAGCUCUAUGAUGCCCAGAAGAAGAAAUAUGAUGCAUAUAUGAAUAACAAUAACUAAUUAAAUGGAGUGUUUAGAGAACAUGGAGACAAAUGAACCCAUUUUCUCUGUAUUGGACAUGAAUAUAUGAACAAAUAAUUUAUAUACAUUAUUUACAUUUGAUGGAUAUUUUGAACCUGGGUUCUCAUUCCUAAGGUAUUUUUCAAUGUUAUUGUUGUUAUUAUUAUUAUUAUUACUAUCAUCAUCAUCAUUAUUAUUAUCAUCAUCCUUAUUAUUAUUAUUAUUAUUCAGGUCACUGCUUGGAAUCGAACUCGGAAUCUUAGGGUUCGUAGCCCAUGCUCAUAACCACUACAUCAUAUGACCGUAGGUAUAUGGGAUAGUGGUUAAGAGUGCGAGCUACUAACCCCAAGAUUUCGAGUUCGAAUCCAAGCAAUGACCUAAAUAAUAAUAAUAAUACCAUCAAAAAAUACCUCAGGAAUGAAAACCCUGGUUC